AUCGUAUAAUUAGCCAUAGGGUACGACUUCAAAGGAUAGAAUGGGUAAUAAUUGCUUGAAAAUUAACAGUUCUGAUGACAUUUCACUUUUGCGAGGCAGUGAAAGUGUACACGGGCAGAACAGCGGUCCUUUGCCAAUGUUUCAGAAUGAUCAGUAUCAACAAAUCUUUUAUCCAACGCCCUCCACUUCCAAUGGCCAUGUCCCAAUAGCGGCGGGCCAUUCACAACAUUCCGAGGAGGACCAAGUUAAAAUAGCAAAACGGAUUGGUUUAAUGCAACAUUUGCCAAUAGGAAGAUAUGAUGGGAGCUCGAAAAAAUCACGAGAAUGUGUUAUUUGUAUGGCUGAAUUUUGUGUUGAUGAAGCUGUUCGGUAUCUUCCAUGCAUGCAUAUAUAUCAUGUGAAUUGCAUAGACGACUGGUUAAUGAGAAGUCUCACUUGUCCCAGUUGCUUAGAGCCUGUCGACGCUGCUUUGUUAACGAGUUAUGAAACAACAUAGCUCAACUGGAAUAUGCCACUGUCUGUUAGUCAAUGCAGUAGGCAUUAUAAAACAUGCAAUUACUGUAAACACUUUUAUUGUUGAACUCGUCAUAGUAAUCAUUGAUUAAAAAAAUUUCUUAUCUGUAUUGUUACCGCUUGGGGGUAUACAUAUAUUAUCAGUUUUAUUUGAUAUAAGUAUAUAUAUACCUAAAUAAGUUUUUUAUGUACAAAUUAUAAGGUCAAAAUUUAUAACAUUAACAACAUUCAUACAUAUGUCUGACAUGACAGCGUUAAUAUUCAAAAACUACUAUUAAACACAUAGAAUAAAUUAUUAUAAAGAAAACUAGUGUAAGAGUAUUAAAAAAUAUAUAUAAAUACAACGGAGCAGUACAA